UAGAUUGCAAGAUCCAUUACCAUUACGCCGAAUGUUGAAGAGAACACUAACAAUGAUUUCAUUAUUGGUUCCAUUUCUGAUGAGUACCUUGUUUUUAAAUAAGGUUCUCUCUGUUGAGUUUAAAAUGAAAGAAAACAAUUUAAGCUCUAAGCUGUUGACAGAGAUGCAGGGGCGUUUAGAUGAAUACGAUGCCGUUGUUAAAGAGCUACGUCUGGCACUGCAACACCAAGAGUCAAAAUUCAACACAAUGAUUAAUGUCAUGAACGAGAUGCAACACAUUCAAACACAAAAAGAUGAAACAAUAAGUAAAAUACAGCUGGACUUGGACGAUAUGCGGAGUGAAAACAAGCAGUUAACAAACUCUUAUUCCAUCUGUGAGCAGCAAAUUCAAUCGAUGAUGAUUGCAUUUAAUAAGUUGGAGAAGACAAAUACAAACGAGGAGCAUGUGACGAGUACUAUCAAUACAAAAGAAAACGAAAAAAACAAAAAGGAAGAAGCAGAUGGUUUUGCCGGUUUGAAUACCAGUGUUUCAAUGUCUCUGCCUGAAGCUAGUGGGACAAUUGCAUUGAGCUCCACUGAAUACCAAAGGAUUGAAAUAGGACUAAAACGCGCAGGAAAGGAAUCCGUCAAACGAACAGUUCUUGGACGCCAUUCCGGGACAGAUCUAGUGGCUUUCUUUGUAACACUGAACCAAACAGCUGAUCAUCUUGGCGUGCGCCAGAACGUGUUGUUUGACAACAUGGUUACAAAUGUCGGCAAUGGCUAUAACCAACAUCUUGGGGGCUUUUCUGCCCCUGUUUCUGGAAUGUACGUGCUGAUGUCUACAUUGAUGUCAAUGUAUGGUCACAAUGACCAUUUUCGGUUGGUUCGCAACGGUAAUACCGUCUGCAAUAUGUACGUUGGUGGAACCGGUAGUGGAAAUCACGAGUCCAGUGGUGGCAGCUAUAUCUUGCAUCUUAACAAGGGAGACGUUGUCGCGAUACAGAAUAUGGAUUCCGGGGAGAUCCUUUUUGGAUUUCAUUACUCGUACUUCUCCGGGUUUCUUUUGAAGGCCAUGGAAGAGGAUCCUCCGAUUGUUGGAUGAAUCAAAGCUCAACAUUUGUAUAUGAUAAUAAUAAAGUAAUGAAAAGUA